CGUCCGUCUAUUUCUAUUUAUAAAUUCAUCGUCACAUCUUUCCGAUUUUGACGCCAUCAGAAUCCAAGCCGCGGUGCGAGGGGAGGUCUUACACAGAUUCAUCUCUCAAAGCUUGCAAGAUGGCUGAUGCUCAUGAGAACGAUAGGAACAUUGAGAUAUGGAAGAUCAAGAAACUUAUCAAGGCAUUGGAAGCUGCAAGAGGUAAUGGCACAAGCAUGAUCUCCCUGAUCAUGACCCCUCGUGAUCAGGUCUCUCGUGUGGCUAAGAUGUUGGGUGAUGAAUAUGGAACUGCUUCUAAUAUUAAAAGCAGAGUUAAUCGGCAAUCUCAACUGACUGCCAUAACUUCUGCACAACAAAGGCUAAAGCUUUACAGCAAGGUUCCACCUAAUGGUUUAGUUCUAUAUACUGGGACCAUUAUUACCGAUGAUGGAAAAGAAAAAAAGGUUACGAUAGAUUUUGAGCCAUUUAAGCCCAUAAAUGCAUCACUCUAUUUAUGCGAUAACAAGUUCCACACUGAGGCACUCAAUGAACUUCUUGAAUCUGAUGAGAAGUUUGGUUUUAUUGUCAUGGAUGGUAAUGGGACUCUCUUUGGCACUCUAAGCGGGAAUACCCGUGAGGUGCUUCACAAGUUCACUGUUGAUCUUCCAAAGAAGCAUGGAAGAGGAGGGCAGUCUGCACUGCGGUUUGCCCGUCUUCGGAUGGAGAAGCGCCAUAACUAUGUCAGGAAGACAGCUGAACUUGCCACACAAUUCUUCAUUAAUCCUGCUACAAGUCAGCCAAAUGUUGCUGGGUUGAUAUUGGCUGGGUCUGCUGAUUUUAAAACUGAAUUGAGCCAAUCUGAUAUGUUUGAUCCACGUCUGCAGGCUGUGAUUGAUGUCUCAAAUGGUGGAGAAAAUGGUUUCAACCAGGCAAUUGAUUUGUCUUCAGAGAUUUUGGCAAAUGUGAAGUUCAUACAGGAAAAGAAAUUGAUCGGGAAGUACUUCGAGGAGAUUAGCCAGGAUACGGGAAAGUAUGUUUUUGGCAUUGAUGACACACUGAAAGCACUCGAGAUGGGUGCUGUCGAGAUCUUACUCGUGUGGGAGAAUUUGGAUAUCAACCGAUACGUUCUCAAGAACUGUGCUACUGGGGAACCUGUCAUCAAGCAUCUCAACAAAGAUCAGGAGUCGGAUCAGACCAACUUCCGUGAUACUGAUUCAUCUGCGGAACUUGAGGUGCAGGAAAAACUCUCUCUAUUGGAGUGGCUUGCCAACGAGUACAAGCGAUUCGGCUGUUCGCUCGAGUUUGUUACUAACAAAUCUCAAGAGGGGUCUCAGUUCUGCCGGGGCUUCGGAGGCAUUGGCGGCAUCCUUCGCUACCAACUUGAUAUGAGGUCUUUUGAUGAGGUCUCUGAUGAGGAAUUUAACGAAGAUUCUGAUUAGCAAUCAGCCAAUCGUUGCCUGGAGCCAGUCCAGGAGUCGCCGGGGCUGGCCCUUCCUGAAACUUCUGAUACUCCACGGAAACUUAAAACACGCAGUUGAAUUAUAUUCAUGAAAGGUUUCAAGGAGCUGAUCCUGGUACCAAGAAUCUGCCAUAUUUGAACAAAUGAUCUUCAUCAACCUAUUGCUGAUAAGCAUGUCUUGGAGCUAUUGCUGCUUAUCGUUUGCCUUGAUGUGAUUAUGUUCACUGUUUUGUCAAUAUCGUUAUGUUGCUAUGUCUGCCAUAUGAUGUUUGUUAUGUUAUAUCUAACUUUGAUGUCCUGAAAACAAUAUAAUAUGCUUUGCUGCAA